AUGGCGUCACCGCCGCCGCCGCCGAAGCUUCCGAUCCCCGGUCGCCGCAACAUACUCAUCACCAGCGCUUUGCCCUAUGUCAACAACGUCCCGCACCUGGGGAACAUCAUCGGCUGCGUGCUCAGCGCCGACGUGUUCGCGCGGUACUGCCGGCUGCGGGGGUACAACGCCAUCUACAUAUGCGGCACCGACGAGUACGGGACGGCCACCGAGACCAAGGCCUUGGAGGAGAAGUGCUCGCCCAAGGAGAUCUGCGACAAGUACCAUGUUAUCCAUGACGAGGUCUACAAGUGGUUCGACAUAAAGUUUGACAAGUUUGGGCGGACGUCCGCUCCUGAACAGACAGAAGUCUGCCAGGCAAUUUUCCAUAAACUGAUGGAAAACAAAUGGCUCACAGAGAACACCAUGCAGCAGCUUUAUUGUGACACGUGUGAGCGAUUCUUAGCCGAUAGGCUUGUGGAGGGGAAAUGUCCGACAGAAGGCUGUAACUAUGAAGCAGCAAGGGGUGAUCAAUGUGAAAACUGCAGCAAAUUGUUGAACCCAACUGAGUUAAUUGAUCCAAAGUGUAAGGUCUGUAAGAAUGCUCCACGUAUUCGUGACACAGAUCACUUAUUCCUGGAGCUUCCUCUAUUGAGUGAUAAGUUGGUAAACUAUAUUAACAACACUUCAGUAGCUGGUAUGUGGAGUCAAAAUGCUAUUCAAGCAACAAACGCAUGGUUGAAGGAAGGGUUAAAGCAACGCUGUAUCACCAGAGAUCUUAAAUGGGGAGUUCCUGUUCCACAUGAGAAGUAUAAAGACAAGGUGUUUUAUGUCUGGUUUGAUGCACCAAUUGGAUACAUAUCUAUCACAGCAUCAUAUACGCCUGAUUGGGAGAAGUGGUGGAAGGAUCCUGAUAAUGUAGAGUUGUUCCAGUUCAUGGGUAAAGAUAAUGUGCCAUUUCACACGGUCAUGUUCCCUUCAACACUACUGGGAACUGGUGAAAACUGGACAAUGAUGAAGACCAUAAGUGUUACUGAAUAUUUGAACUAUGAAGCAGGAAAAUUUUCCAAGAGUCAUGGUAUUGGUGUCUUUGGCAAUGAUGCGAAGACUACUAAUAUUCCGUCUGAAGUAUGGCGAUACUACUUGCUUAUGAACCGCCCUGAGGUAUCAGAUACACUGUUCACUUGGGCUGAUUUACAAGCUAAAUUGAACAGUGAGUUGCUGAACAACCUGGGAAACUUCAUCAACCGUGUGCUAAGCUUUGUUGCCAAACCAGCUGGAGGCGGAUAUGACUCCAUCAUACCUGAUGCUCCUAAUGCGGAGUCACAUCCAUCGACCAAUGCACUUGCUGAAAAAACUAAUAAAUGGGUUGAACAAUAUCUUGAAGCAAUGGAGAAGGUUAAACUGAAACAAGGACUGAAGAGUGCGAUGGCGAUUUCUAGUGAUGGAAAUGCAUAUUUGCAAGUAAAUAUAUUUCUUUGUCUUGGUUUCCAUUUGUGUUUUUAA